AUGACUUGCUGUUUCUGCAACUUGCAUUGCUACCUGUUCUCUCAGGAGAUGGUCCAAGAAGACAUCUUGUUCCGUGUCAUCCAGAUCUCAUCCUUUGCCAACCACUCCUGGGCACAAAAUCAGGGCUCGGGUUGGCUGGAUGAGUUGCAGACUCAUGGCUGGGACAGUGAAUCAGGCACAAUAAUUUUCCUGCACACCUGGUCCAAGGGUAACUUCAGCAGUAAGGAGUUGGUAGAGCUGGAGCUGCUGUUCCGUCUCUACUUCAUUGGAUUAACUCAGAGGAUUCAAGACUACGGCAGUCAAUUGCAGUUUGAAUAUCCCUUUGAAUUACAGGUGACAGCCAGUUGUGAGCUGCAUUCUGGAAAGACCACAAAAAGCUUCCUCCAGGUCGCUUAUCAAGGAACAGAUUUUCUGAGUUUCCAAAACAUGUCAUGGGUACCAUCUCCAGAGGGUGAGAGUAGGGCCCAGAGGGUCUGUGAUGUAAUCAAUCAGUAUGAAGUCAUCAAGGAAACAGUAUUUAAGCUCAUCAGAAACAUCUGCCCCCGAUUUGUCUUGGGUCUGCUCGAUGCAGGGAAGAUGGAUCUCCAGAGGCAAGUGAAGCCAGAGGCCUGGCUGUCUAGUAGCCCCUUCCAUGGGUCUAGCCAGCUGUUGCUAGUUUGUCAUGUCUCCGGAUUCUACCCAAAGCCUAUUUGGGUGAUGUGGAUGCGGGGUGAACAGGAGCAUCCGGGCAGUCAGCAAGGUGAUGUGAUGCCCAAUGUUGAUGGGGCAUGGUAUCUUCGGGUGAUCCUGAAUGUAGAUGCUCAGGAGGCAGCUGGCCUGUCUUGCCAUGUGAGGCACAGCAGUCUAGGAGACCAAGACAUCAUUCUCUACUGGGGACAUAAGCUUUCCAUGAACUUGAUCCCCUUGGCUGUGAUAGUGCCCCUAAUACUUCUAGUGGUCCUUGCAUUAUGGUUGAAGAAGUGCUGCUCAUACCAAAGCAUCCAACAAGAUUCCUCACCAUGCUUCACUCACUGCAAUGAGAACUGUACAGCCCAGGAACAUAGGACAACAGAAUAA